AUCCGCUGUGCGCUCUGAACACCAAACUCCCUCCUUCUCCUCCUCUCCUCCUCAGCGCUCGGAGCUCGACACGCACAGGCACAACAGAUGGUACAGUACUACAAGCUGCAGGAGCGCAAGAAUUUCAUGAACAAGUACUUGUAUUCCCCUUAACUUCAUAGAACCGUUUAGUAUAUCGGAGGAAGGGGGUUCUCCAAGGACACGCGGCACUGUAACAGCAAUUGGAUCCUACGGUUUAGAGGCGGAUUUUGGAGUCAAGGUCAGGAGCGGCCAUGCCAUUUGGCUGUAUAACAAUUGGAGAAAAGAAGGAUUAUAGCAAUCCUUCGGAUGUCACAGAUAAAUAUGACCUGGGUCAAAUUGUUAAAUCGGAGGAGUUCUGUGAGAUAUUCAGGGCCAAGGACAAAACGACAAUGAAAAUGUACACUUGUAAAAAGUUCCUGAAAAAGGAUGGAAGGAAAGUGCGCAAGGCUGCCAAAAACGAGAUCCUAAUCUUAAAGAUGGUGAAGCACCCCAAUAUUCUCCAGCUGGUGGAUGUCUUUGAGACCAAAAAGGAGUACUUCCUCUUCCUUGAGCUUGCAACAGGCAGAGAAGUAUUCGACUGGAUCCUGGACCAGGGCUACUACUCAGAACGAGAUACCAGUAAUGUGGUGCGCCAGGUUUUGGAGGCUGUGGCGUACCUCCACUCCCUGCAUAUCGUCCACAGAAACCUCAAGUUGGAGAACUUGGUUUAUUACAAUCGCCUGAAGAACUCUAAGAUAGUCAUCAGCGACUUCCAUCUUGCCAAGUUGGAGAAUGGACUUAUAAAGGACCCCUGUGGAACACCAGAGUACUUGGCUCCAGAAGUGGUUGGCAGACAGCGCUAUGGCAAACCGGUGGACUGCUGGGCAACGGGUGUCAUCAUGUACAUUCUGCUGUCAGGCAACCCUCCUUUCUAUGAUGAAACUGAUGACGAUGAUUAUGAAAACCAUGACAAGAACCUGUUCCGAAAGAUCCUGGCAGGCGAUUAUGAAUUUGACUCUCCAUAUUGGGAUGAAAUCUCUGAUUCAGCAAAGAGUCUGGUUUCUCGUCUGAUGGAGGUGGAUCAGGACCAGAGGCUGACAGCCCAGGAGGCUAUUAAUCAUGAAUGGAUCUCUGGCGGAGCAGCUUCUGAUAAGAACAUUAAGGAAAAUGUGUGCGCACAAAUAGAGAAGAACUUUGCCAGAGCUAAAUGGAAGAAAGCGGUUCGGGUCACCACCAUCAUGAAGAGACUGAGAGUACCUGAGUCAAAGACAAACAGCCAAGAGGCCGCUGCCCCAGCAGACACGACAGCUCCCCAGACAGGCACGGAGCCCUCAGCACCCACUUCUGUGGCAGCACCUGAAGGAGCACCAGCUGACGUCACAGAGCCCCCUGUUGCAGCCGAGACAAACCAACCGGCCCAGGAGGCCGGAGCCGGGGAAGCAGCGUCAUCUGCUGAGCCUCAGAAGCCAAGCCCGCCACCACAGGAGGGCGAGCCAUCAUCACGCUGUAAUGGAGAAGCUUUGGCUGCUCUUCAGGCAGACCCUGAGGCUGGGGACGAGCAGGGUUAGGACCCCCUCCCACCCUCCCCUGUGUGACCUCUGAAGUCCCCACCAACUCCUGCACACUGUACAUUAGCUGCUAGCAUGGUGACACUGACUCCGCUUCUCUCUCACUUGCAGCAUUAGUAUCAUCUCAUGGAGGCUGUUUGCUACCUUUCCUGAGUACUGUGUUACAUUGACUUUCUUUCAAAGUGUGUUGUAUCUUUUUUCACUGACCCUCCGGCAUUUUAUGUUGGAUAAUAUAAACCACUCGUGUCCUUGAACACUUGAGUUUUAGGGGCAAAAACAGAUUUGCUGUCAAACAGGUCUUUCAGAAAAAGUUUCUU